GGCACGAGCACGAGAAUUUUAGGCCAGUCGGUGUCAGUGUGCGUUGUGAUGUGAUGUGAGACACAGCAAAGAUGCUAUAAGAUCCACAAAAACGAAAAAGAAAACGAAAAACUAAGUAAAUGUAAUUCAGCAAUUAAAGCCAAAAAAACAACAACAAAAACAAAAGCAGAGUGACGCGAGACGAAAAACAAGCGCGCAAGCAAGAGGUGAAAAAGAAAAUAAGGUGUAAUUUAGAGUGAGGUGUAAAGUGAAUAAACUGCACAGAGCGACAAAGCCAAGCAGCAUGUGAAGUCGUGGGGCGCAGCCAGCGAACGUACAAAAGAAACGAUAUUUAUGCUCUGAAUGUUGGAGAGCUUACAAAAUUUACGUGGCAGAUGAAAUACAACGAAAUUCAAUUGGUUUUGAUUUUGCAAUAAAAGCAACAGCAGCAAAUAUACAGAACAAUAUAUAUAUAAUAUAUAGCUCUGAUAGCAUUUGAGAGCAGGCUUCAAGGUUAGAUCGAUUCUGUUGGAUCUGAAACCCUUGAGCAAAUUACAGUCUAAAGGCUGGAAAAUGUUGAACCCGCACGAGGCCAGGUGCAUAUACCAUAUGCUAAUAAUGUGCCUGCCAAUAUUUGCCGGGAUUCAGCUUAACGUCGCCAGUGCAACGACAGAAUUGGACUUGGCACCCAUUCCUCAGCUAUGCGAUCCGAUACCAUGUCCGGCUGAUGCGGACAUGCAGUGCCCGGAGGACAGUGCCAUACGAGAGAUGAGUGAGAUAAAUGCUGUGGAUCUGUUCGGCUCGAAUGCGGUGGGCAGCGCCAGUCCAGCAAUUGCAACCACGGAGAAGUCUUUUUUCAACAGCAGCCUGGUGCCGGACGAGCUCUUUGCCCAGUGCUGUCUGUCCAAGAAGUGCGUGUGCAAGACGUGCUACAUUCCCGACUGCAACAGCGAGGAGGGUGAGGUUGUGGUCGAGCUGCAGCCGGAGGCGAUGAACACGCCUGGCCAGUGUUGCGGCAAGUAUGAGUGCAAAAGGGAGCCCAACUGCACCGAGGUAUGGGACACCGAUUAUUAUUGGUUGCAGAGCUGCCAGCGCUGUUUGUGCACAUCCGGCGCGCGGAUUUGUCAGCAGAGCUGCGACGAGGGCACCAAUGCCAUAUGCGAAUCAAAGAACCUGAACACGUUCUUCAAGGACGGCGAAAAUUGGGAGGAUGGCUGCUAUCAGUGUGAGUGCGUCAAGGGCGAGCAGAAAUGCGUAAUACCUUUCUGCGGUCAUGUCAACUGUCCCCGCGAACGUCAGGUUAUUCUAAAGGACAGCUGCUGCCCGGUCUGCUGGCCCAAGGGUGAACCCAUGCCGCACGAGAAGCCGCGCAACUACGAUGAUGGCUAUGGCUACGACAGCGAGGAGCAGCAGGUGCAACAGCAUCAGCAGCAUCUAGAAACCCAAACCGAGCUGCUCAUUGCCCCACCUGCCGCCGUCACCACAACAACUACAUCUGCAACCACCACCAGCACCACUCAACGUGUUGAACCGAUCGACUUUGCCAGCAGCAGCCCCGCUGCUGCCCCACAGCCACCGCCCUGCCAGAUGCAUGAUUUUCCCAAGGUUGUGGAGGUCGUACAUCAGAAUAAUAUCACAGCACAUCUUUAUCCCAUUAUAGUGAUUUUUCUGUUCGUUAUCAUUGCUGCCCUGCUCUGGUACAUCAGGCGCCUGCAUGCCAAACAGCGCUCCUACAGGCCCGUCUCCAACUUUGACGAUAAGGUCUAGACUAGACUCUUGCGAAAAAAAAAAAACAAAAACAAAAGAUGGCUAGAUAGAAGAAAAACAA